AUGCCAACAAUGGCAGACACUAGAAUUCGUGGAUGGUUCAAGAAAAGAAUCAUUAUUACAACAACUAAUAAUGCUCAACUGUGGUUGGUUGUCUUGCCUCGGGGCUACUAUGGAACUCUUUUCUUUCAUGAUGGACCUAAUCUUGACGAUCAAGUGAUGGCACUUGCUCAUCAUAUAGAUUUCUGGCGAUCCAAGUUUGAACUAACUUUACCUAGUCUUAAAGUUACAUUGCAUGUAAUAAGAAAUUUUUUCACGUCGGAUUUAUACUGGUUCGACAUACCAGUCGGAGUCGAUGGGGUAAAGGAACGGUUCGAGUGGCGACGGUCGUAUGGUAAAGAAGUGCAGAACCUGGCAUUUCCGACGAAGGGUUGGAAGCUUGUGCGGCUCUCAACCGUUGACGACCCCACGUUUAAAAUCCCUCGAGAUGAACGGGAAAUCGGUUUUGGAAGCGAUGGGGCACAAGUCGUUGCCGUAUGGUCGUCCAAACGGAUUUUCAGUAAGAAGGGCCAUUUCGAACUACUACUGGCCGGAGAGAAAUUGGGACCUUUGUUCCUUAUGGUGGCUUGGAUAUCCGUGCUCACUCUUGAAAUCAAUGUGAUAAGGAAGGAACACAACCGUAAUUGUUCAUCUGUGUCGAUCCAUAAGAAGAAGCCGUCGGUUGAUCAGUUUACUGACUUUGAACAGAAUGCUCGUAAUGUGUAA